AUGUCUCAGGAAGGUGCCAACUUGCCCCAUGAAGCGGAGCGGAGCCAUGAUCACGCCACCGCCCCCCACGAGAGCACACCUACCUUUGAUGGGUUGGUGAUCGUGAGGUCGUCCAGCAACCCCAGCUCCGUCAGCAAGCUGGCCAGCGAGAUCAACAAUGCUGGGUCUAAGCCAGCCAGCCCGGCGGUGCUCCAUGCCGGUGAGGACAACAACACCGAGUCCAAGAUCGCCAGCCCGGCGGUACUUGAUGCUGGCCAGGGAAACAACGCCGGAUCCAAGCUCGCUAGUCCUGCGGUGCUCCAUACCGGCGAGUUCAACAACACUGAGUCCAAGAUCGCAAUCCCGGCGAUGCUCCAUGCCGGCGAGGGCAAGGACAACAUCGACAGGCCCAAGCUCGCCAGCCCGGUGGUGCUCCAUGCCGGCGAGGGCAACAAAACCAGGUACAAGCUCGCCAUCCAAACGGUGCCCCAUAUUGAUGAGGAUAGCAACACCAGAUCCAUGCUGACAUGCCCUGUGAUGCUCUAUGCCAGAGAGGACGACAACGCCGGGUCCAAGAUGGACGGCCCCGCAAUGCUCCAUGUCAGCGUGGACAAUAACGCUCAUGCCGGGUUCAAGGUCGAUAGCCCAGCACUGUUGUAUGCCGGUGAGAACGACGACUCCGGAUCCAAGCUCGCAAGUCAGCCGGUGCUCCAUGCCGGCGAGGACAAGGACAUCAACGCUGGGUCGAAACUAUCGAGCCCGGUGGAGAUCCAUGCCGGCAAGGACAACAAAGCCGGGUCCAAGCUUGCCAUCCAAGCGGUGCCCGCCGGGGAGGACAACAAUGCCUGGUCCAAGCUCUCCACGUUGGUGCUGCCUCGUGCUGGCGAGGGCAACAACAUCGCAUCCAAGCUCGCCAUCCAGGCAGUGAUCCAUGCCGACGAGGGCAGCAACACCGUCUCCAAGCAAGCCAUCCAGGCGAUGCCCCAUGUUGAUGAGGACAACAACUCCAGAUCCAAGCUCGUCAUACCGGCGGGGCACCAUGCCGGUGAGGGUAACAACACCGCGUUCAAGCUCGCCAUCCCGGCGGUUCCCCAUACGGAUGACGACCACAACAUCGAGUCCAAGCUCGCCAAGCCGGUGGUACCCCAUGCCGGUGAGGGAAACAUCGCCGCAUCCAAGCUCGCCAUCCAGGCGGCGAUCCAUGCCGGCGAGAGCAACUAUGUCGUGUCCAAGCUUGCCAUCCAAGCUAUGCCCCAUGUUGAGGAGGACAACAACUCCAAAUCCAAGCUCGUCAGUCCGCCGGGGCACCAUGUCGGCGAGGGUAACAACACUGCGUCCAAGCUCGCCAUCCAGGCAGUGCCCCAUGUCGGUGAGGACAAUAACACCGAGUCUAAGCUCGCCAGGCCAGCGGUGCUCCAUGCAGGCGAGGGCAACAACGCCAUGUCCAAGCUCGCCAUCCAGUCGGUGCCCCAGGCCGACGAGGACAACAACUCCCGGUCCAAGCUUGCAAGGCCAGAGGUGCUCAAUGCGGGGGAGGACAACAACGCCACAUCCAAGCUCGCCAUCCAAGCACCACCCCAUGCCGGCGAGGACAACAACGCCGGGUCCAAGCUUGCCAACCCAGCGGCGGUUGAUGAUGGUGGCAACAACACCAAGGAGGGUAAGAGCGAUGUGGCCAGAGGAGAAGGCGCUGUCGCCGGCGGAGGCAAAGGAAAGGGAAAAGGUGUCGAGGCGACGGAGAUGGACCACGCAUUGCACAUCUGGACGGAGAGGGAGCGGAGGAAGAAGAUGAAGAACAUGUUCAGCACCCUGCACGCGCUUCUCCCCCAGCUCCCCGAAAAGGCUGACAAGUCCACCAUAGUGGGGGAGGCCGUGACCUACAUCAAGAGUCUGGAAGGCACCGUCCAGAGGCUGGAGAAGCUGAAGCAGGAGCGCAUGCGCGCGCAGCAGGCGGGGCAGCAGCAGCUGGCUGUGGGCGCCGGCAGCAGCGCCUCGGCGCCCGCGCCGCCGCCGGCGCAGGCUCCCGCGACGAGGGAAGCGGUCCUGGCGGACAUGGUCCAGAGCUGGAACGCGCAGGAGGCGCUCAUGGCCGAGCUCAAGGCCGCGGCGACUGCGGUGGUCUACGGGGCGGGCACCGCCUUCGACGGCGCGGCGCCCGCUCCCGCUCCCGCUCCCGCUCCCGCUCCCGCCCCGCUGCCCCCGCCCCCGCCCCUGCCCCCGCGCGCGCCGCCGGCGCUCCAGACGUGGUCCGCGCCGAACAUCGUGGUGUGCGUGGCGGGCGACAACGCGUUCAUCAACCUGUGCACCCCGCGGCACCCGGGCAUGCUGACCAGGCUGUUCUACGUGCUGGAGAGGCACCGCAUCAACGUCGUGACCGCCACCGUCUCGUCCAGCCCGAGCCACAGCAUGUUCUUCAUCCAAGCGCGCGUGAGUCCAACGGCCCUUCCCCCUGCCAACCAUCCUCACGAAACGCACUCACGACACCACCUGGGUUUAUCUUGUGAUCCUUACGAAGUCUCUUUUCGGUGCUUGGAUCCGCAGAUCAACACGGCGGCGCCGCCUCCGCCCAUGCUCCCGGAGAACAUGACGGUUGAAGAGAGGUACAAGCUGGCGGUGGCCGAGAUGCUGCACGCCGUCGGCAACUGA